AUGGUCAUAUUUGAACGUGCAUUACAAUCUCAAAAUGAAUGGUUUCUAGUAGAAGAAAUGAAUGAUCAUAUUAUAGAACCAUCUUUUUUAAUACAAAAACUUGCAGUCUGGCUUAAAGAUCAACUGCCUCUACCGUUUUUUGAUCUAUCUGUUAAUGAAAUUUUAUACUACUUUAAUAGAUCUUGGAAGUGUCGUCCUGUUAAAUUUCAAAAUCAACAUCUGGCUGAAUAUAUAUCAACAAAUCCACUGCUUAAUUCAACGAUGCCGGUUUUAAAUUUCUUCUUAGAUUUGUACUAUAAUAAGUUCGGUACCUUCAGAACUGUAUACCACUUCCUAGAUAGCAUUUAUUUACAAAUUGGCAAUAUGCCACAUCAAAUAAGAAAGCAACUAUGCAAUCACUUUGUUAUCAGAUUUGUACCUUUUGGAAGGAAUAUCCGAGACUUUAUCAAACCAUUUUUUGAAGAAAUUACGAAACUUGAAAAAGGGUUU